AUGGUUAGCACAGAAAACAUGAUUUCUCAGCUAAAAAAGCUAUCUAUUGCAGAACCUGCUGUUGCUGAAGGCUCUCAUCCUGACGUCAAUGUUGUGGAUUUGAUGAGAAACUACAUUUCUCAAGAACUGAGCAAAAUAUCCGGCGUAGACACUUCUCUCAUUUUUCCAGCCUUGGAAUGGACAAACACUAUGGAUAGAGGUGAUUUGUUAAUUCCUGUUCCAAGAUUGAGAAUUAAAGGUGCUAAUCCAAAAGAUUUAGCCGUUGAAUGGUCAGAAAAAUUUCCAUGUGGCGAUUUCUUGGAAAAAGUUGAAGCAAAUGGCCCAUUCAUCCAAUUCUUUUUCAACCCUCAAUUUUUAGCCAAACUUGUUAUUCCAGAUGUUUUGACAAGAAAGGAAGAAUAUGGUUCAUGCAAAUUAGUUGAAAACAAGAAGGUCAUAAUCGAAUUUUCUUCUCCAAAUAUUGCAAAGCCAUUCCACGCUGGUCAUUUAAGAUCCACUAUUAUCGGUGGGUUCUUAGCUAACCUUUAUGAAAAAUUAGGCUGGGAAGUUAUCAGAAUGAACUACUUGGGUGACUGGGGUAAGCAAUUUGGUCUUUUGGCUGUUGGUUUCGAAAGAUAUGGCAGUGAAGAAGCUUUAGCCAAGGAUCCAAUUCACCAUUUAUUUGAUGUUUAUGUCCAUAUUAACAAGGAUAUCGAGGAGGAAGGUGAUACGAUUCCAUUAGAAGAAUCCACUAACGGAAAAGCCCGUGAAUAUUUCAAGAGAAUGGAAGACGGCGAUGAAGAAGCUUUAAAGAUUUGGAAGAGAUUCCGUGAGUUCUCUAUUGAAAAAUACAUCGACACUUAUGCUCGUUUGAACAUCAAAUACGAUGUUUACUCUGGGGAAUCUCAAGUUUCCAAAGAAUCCAUGCUUAAAGCCAUUGACCUAUUUAACAAGAACGGUUUGACACAUGAAGAUAAAGGUGCGGUUUUGAUCGAUCUAACCAAAUUUAACAAAAAGUUGGGAAAAGCUAUUGUCCAAAAGUCAGAUGGUACUACAUUAUACUUAACUAGGGAUGUUGGUGCUGCCAUGGACCGUUAUGAAAAAUAUCACUUUGAUAAAAUGAUAUACGUUAUUGCUUCUCAACAAGAUUUGCAUGCCGCUCAAUUCUUCGAAAUUUUGAAACAAAUGGGUUUCGAAUGGGCUAACAAAUUACAACAUGUCAAUUUUGGUAUGGUUCAAGGUAUGUCAACUAGAAAGGGAACUGUCGUAUUCUUAGACAACAUUUUAGAGGAAACUAAAGAAAAAAUGCAUGACGUUAUGAAAAAGAAUGAAAACAAAUACGCCCAAAUUGAACAUCCAGAAGAAGUUGCUGAUUUAGUUGGUAUCUCUGCCGUUAUGAUUCAAGAUAUGCAAGGUAAGCGUAUCAAUAACUAUGAAUUUAAAUGGGAGAGAAUGCUUUCAUUCGAAGGUGACACUGGCCCAUACUUACAAUACGCUCAUUCGAGAUUAAGAUCAGUUGAAAGAAAUGCUUCUGGAAUUACCGAAGACAAAUGGAUAAAUGCUGACUUCUCAUUGUUAAGCGAACCUGCUGCUAUAUUGCUAAUCAGAUUAUUGGGUCAAUAUCCCGAUGUUUUGAGAAAUGCCAUCAAGACUCAUGAACCAACGACUGUGGUAACAUACUUAUUUAAAUUGACUCAUCAAGUUUCUUCUUGUUAUGACGUCUUAUGGGUUGCUGGUCAAACUGAAGAAUUGGCAACUGCCCGUUUGGCUCUAUAUGGCGCUGCUAGACAAGUCUUGUACAAUGGUAUGUGUUUGUUGGGUUUGACUCCUGUCGAAAGGAUGUAA